GGGGCCAGCGCCUCUAGGCUGCCAUCACUUCCGCUUCUCUGUCAGUCCGGAGCGAGGGAGCUGGAGGCUGUUGGACUGCAGUAGCGGAGCAAUGCCUAAAUCAAAGGAACUUGUUUCUUCGAGCUCUUCAGGCAGCGAUUCUGACAGUGAAGUUGAAAAAAAGUUAAAGAGGAAAAAGCAAGUUGCUCCAGAAAAACCUGUAAAGAAACAAAAGCCUGGUGAAACUUCAAGAGCUUUGGCCUCUUCCAAGCAGAGUAGCAGCAGCAGAGAUGACAACAUGUUUCAGAUUGGGAAAAUGAGGUAUGUCAGUGUUCGGGACUUUAAAGGGAAAAUUCUAAUUGAUAUUAGAGAAUAUUGGAUGGACUCAGAAGGUGAAAUGAAACCCGGAAGAAAAGGUAUUUCUUUAAAUAUGGAGCAGUGGAGCCAGCUGAAGGAACAGAUUUCUGACAUUGAUGAUGCAGUAAGAAAACUGUAAAAUCUGAGCCAUAUCAAACUUGUACUGUUCUAGUUGUUUUACUCUGUCUUUUUACAUUGGCUUUUGUUUUCUAAAUGUUGUUUUCCAAGCUGUUGUAUAUUUGGAUUGCAGAACAAUUUGUAAGAUGAAUACUUUUUUUUAAUGUGCAUUAUUAAAAAUAUUCUGAGUUAAGCUAAUUGUCAACUUUAUUAAAGAGGAUUGCUUUGUUGCCUCUCCCCCACCUAGUGUAAAAUAAAAUCAGAUCAAUACAAUCUUA